GAGGUAGAGCUCCGGAGGGGGUCAUUCUGACACCUGUGGACCUCAUUUGGUGCAUGCUCUGUUCAUCAGCGGAUCUACGGGAUCCCUUGUGCGAGGGAGCACGCCGAGCCCGCCUGCUGCUGUCUGCAAUGUUGUGAGUGAGAGUUCGCCAGGCUGGUCGGGUGGCGCGAGAGACAAACGCAAAGACUGUCUGCAUGCAGUGCAGCAAAUAAAUAAAUAAAUACAUCUCCAGUGUAUUGUACUUGAAGUAGUAUUGAAGAACCUGUGUGUGUAGCUGAAUUAGUGUUGAUACUUAGCAGCGGCAGCAGCAGCAGUACCACCGGUAGUUGUACAGUGUGGCUCGCAUUUUUUUGCAACUGAGCAGCCGUUCCCAUAUAGCAGUCACACUUGCAUGCCCGGCGUAACAGCGGGACUUGUCGGCGCUGCCUCGCUGCGUUUCCCGGACGUGACAACAGGUCCGUCUAAGCCGCGGCGAUAGCAGUGGAUGCACGUGUAUGCCGUUAGUCUGACGUUGCAGAGCAAAUGACGUUGCCGGAGAUCGUGGCAGUACUAUCCUAACCUGGACCACCGAGCAUACGCCAGUUGUCUCUUGGCCAGGAGCAAACACAGUCUGUUGAAGUGACGCUUGAUACGAGUAGGAAAACAUGAUUGUGUGGCGUGGAUUCUCCAGUGUGGAGGUACCGGCGGCCGUAUGCCUGCUGUUGCUGACUCUAGCCGUGCAGCACAAGACGACGGCGGUGCUGGGCAACCUGGCCACGUGCCCGUGGGUGGACCGCUGUCGCAUGGAGACGGACACGACGCUGUACACGGGCAGUGCCGGCGAGUACACGGGCCGAUGCAAGCCGCCGUACGAACCGCUGUGGCUGGCGAAGAGCACGACCGUUCAGUGCAGCGCAGGCGUAUGGAGUCAGCCGCCGCUGGAAUGUGGCGAACGCUGGCAGCGCCUCUGGUGCGACUUUGACCAGGGCGAGGGGACACAGCACUGCACGCUCUUCAACAACCCGCGUAUCACCAUAGCGACGACGACGGUUGCCAUGACGGACUCGCGGCAACACCCGUACGGCGGCUUUGUGGAGCUGCGCGGCGGUGGUGAUGGGGCGAAUCUAACGUCGAUUGAAAUCGACGAGCGGCAUACAUCACCACCACCACCGGUCUCAACUGCCCCGGCGGCAAAUACAUCGGCGUCAGCUGCGGCAUCGGGAGCCAUCAAGAACGCGUCGUCCGCAUGCUGGCUAGAGUAUUGGCUAAGCGGCGACAGUGAUUGUCUCGAGGUCAGCGUCGUGGACAGGUUCAACGUAUCCGCUCGCGUACCCGUCGCGCUGCCGAACUCGACACGCGGCACGUGGUCUCGGUACCGCGUACACGUUGGCCGUACAGCUCAGGGGGACGUGCCCGUGUCUCCUUACCAUUAUGUACUCGCCACAAACGCCUCGCGGCAGUGUACGGUGUACGUGGACGACAUUCGCUUGCUGGGUGCCGACUGUCCGCCGUCGUUGCUGGCUCUCCACCGUGCCACCCCGGAGACAUCGCGGCCCAACGACCCGUGCAGUCCUGGCGGCAAGGAGAUGUCUCACGGCGGCCAGCGCUCCUGCUUCUGCCCGCGCUAUGCCUACGGCGCGGGACAGACGACGCCGCGCUGCUCCUCGAGCAACACCAUUAGCAGUGAUCUGUUCUACUGCACGUUUGACGAGGGCCACUCCUGCGGUAUGGGGCUGGGCGUCGGCACUGCCAUGCGCAGGGGUAGUCGUGACACGGCGGACGAAGUUGGCGACUACUCCACGUCGCAGACGGGCUAUUACCUGACACCCGUUGGCACGGCAGCGGGAGGGGAGCUGCGGUUUCCGCGCGGUCCUCAGGGCAAGGCAUGCAAGAUCGAGUGCUCCGUGUCUUGGAUCAACCCCACGCAGAACAACACGUUGACGAUGAUCAUAGACGGCACGACAGUCAACGGAAAGUAUCUACCCGGUGGCACUGCCAUUUGGCGAAGAGCCGAGUUCGACCUCUCCUCCGUCGCUAUACGGUCGACGUCCGUCACUCACUACCAGACCUUCGUCUCCUGGUCGCGGUUCCGCAUCGACAACGUCAUUCUACGGGGCUGCGACUACGGCACGUUUGGCGCCAUGCGCUGCACUUUCUACUCGGGCCACAGCUGGGUGGUGGCGCUGCGCAACAACGCCAACGGCUACCACUGCUUCUGUAGGCCAGGCUACACGGGGGAGGCGUGCGAGAAGUCGUGCUGUGCGGCCGGUUACCGUGACUACGACUGCAAGACGCCGUGCCCGCCGACCAAGCGCUGGGGGCCGGCGUGCGCGUUCCCAUGCCGAUGUCCCCACGGCGUGGCGUGCGAGGGCGCUACGGGCGCGUGCCUCUGCGACAAGCCGGGCAUCAGCGGGCACAACUGCAGCACGCCAUGCGACCCCAGUCACUACGGAGUGGGCUGCGUGAAGAAGUGCGAGUGCCGCAACGGAGCGGCGUGCAACGCCACCGACGGCGCGUGCUCGUGCUCCGCCGGUUUCCACGGCGAUCGAUGCCAGAGCGCGUGCCCGGCGCUGACGUGGGGCGAGGGCUGCGCGAGGGCGUGUCAGUGCUCGAACAGCGCCGGCUGCGACCCACGCACGGGCACCUGCCAGUGUCCUAAGCAGUUUGCCGGCGCUAACUGCAGCCAGUGCGCCCCGGACUACUCCGGUGAGCGAUGUCAACACCACUGCCCCUGUGACAACGGUGGAGUGUGUCCGAGCAGCCAGCCGGGAAAGUGCCGGUGUCCGCCCGGUUACCAAGGCAAACGUUGCCAGCGGCGAUGCAGUGCCGAUCGCUGGGGCCAGGACUGCGGCCAGGCAUGCGAUUGCCGGAACGGCGCUGCCUGCAAUCGGGUGACUGGUCGGUGCGAGUGCGAGGCGGCGUUCACCGGGGCCAAGUGCAAUCGAUGUGCCCUCGGCUACUCGGGCGAGACGUGCCAAGACUACUGCCUGUGCGCUCACGGCGGCACUUGCCACAACGGCACCAGCACCUGCACAUGUGCAUCAGGGUUCACCGGGCCGCGCUGCGAAGCUACAUGCAGUCCAGGCACCUGGGGUGUCAACUGCCUCAACAAGUGCGCCUGCCAGAACGCCACUAGCUGCCAUCCGCAACUCGGCUGUCGGUGCGUGCGAGGCUUUGCCGGGGUCUACUGUGAGCGGCUGAUUGUCUGCCCCGACGUUGUCCUCCCGCCAACUGUCCUCAUGGUUUCGCAGCAGGGUACAUGGUAUAUGAACCGCACGCAGACGCAGUGUCCGACGGGGACGGUGCUGCGUCGUGGGCAGCACCACCGCGUGUGCCAGCGCGACGGUACCUGGUCUGGAUCGCCAGCCGAGUGCGGACAGUACCCGGCCGACGGGGUAGCAGUGUGCCCGCAGCAGUAUGCGAACACGUCGCGCGGCUUGUUCCUGUGGCCGGCCACGCCGGCCGGAGAGACCAGACGAGUGCUAUGCCCGGUGACCGUCGACGACGAGGAAGUGGGUCUGGCAAGUCGAGAGUGUCUCCUAGCUGUGUCGUCGACCGACAAGCGACGACACAGCAGCUGGGACGCCGCUCAGACCGCCGCGUGCCCGUUCCUGAGCGCACGCACUCGCAAGCUCAACAAGAUUGCGCGACUUGCGGAUACGAUGCUGAAGAGCAUGAUGUACAGUAUGUACUCGAUUGGAACCCUCGCAACAGCCACCGAGGAAUUGACAGCGAACGCAACCGACCUGGACGGUGACGAAGUGUUUCUGACGGCCGAUAUAGUAGACGCACUGGCCAGCAGCUCUGCAGACGUGUUCUCGGCUCUGCAGACGCACAACUCCACGGAAGUCGGCCGGGUGACGUCGUCGUUCGUCAACAUCGUCGGCAGCAUUUCGGUCUCCAGCGUGCUGGCAGCGCGGGCCCCCGUCACCGCGGCGACGAAUGGUCGUCGCCGAAGAACGACCACUGCUGACGACGUGGGCAGCGUCGGUAGUGAUAUCCACCGAGCUGCGGAGACGUUUGUGGAGUCGCUACCUCUGUGCGAUGACAACGAGAAGCUAGUGAGUGCGUCUGGCAGUGCUCUCUUGGCUAGUAUCUGUCCGCACACGAGCAGCGACUACGAACUGCAGCUCAACACCAGACAGCGGUCUUCUGGCCGCAACGCUUCCGCACUCGACUUCACCAGGCUCAACAUCACCAUCGGUGCAGGACACGGUGACAGGGACAGCGGAGGCAACAGCGGUAGCAGCGGUGCCGGUAUAUCGUUUCGCAUGCCGCACGAAGCCUUACACAAAGCCGGUGCGCGAGAGAGCCAGCGCGACAAUGCCUACUCCUGCCGACGCGCUAAGGCAAACUUUGUCGUGUACGCCCGCUCCAACGCCAUCUUCCCGGUCGAUGCGGGGAGCAACGAGUCUAUCGUGUCCCCGGUGAUCUCGGCCAAGGCUGGCACCGCGGAGAAGCUGCAGCUGAACUCGUCCCAGGUGAUCAUGACAUUCCCGCUGGAGAGCAUUGAGGCCGGACUGAGCACGGCAUUCCACCUGCACUAUCUGACCUGUACCUACUGGAACACUACGUCGCUGCAGUGGAGCACGGACGGCUGCUCGCGGGUCUUGCGCAACAGCAGCGUCGGUACUCCCGUGGCUGUCCAGUGCCGUUGCAACCACCUGACGAGCUUCGCCCUGAUGCUGCGGCCGCCGUCGAAGCGUGGUGCGGACGCGCAGUCGUUGUCGGCGCAGGGCGAUCACCACGCCAGGGCGCUCAGCAUCAUCUCGCUGGUCGGCUGCUCGCUGUCCGUCGUCUGUUUGCUCAUCACCAUCACCAGCAUACUGGUUUUCCGGGAGCUGCGUCAGCGUCUGCGCCAGCGCAUGACCGUCUGCCUGUCGUUCUCGCUGCUCGCCGUCAUGCUGCUGUUCAUCGUGGCCGGAUUCGCCGGCCUCGACGGGCGCGCGUGUCGCACUGUCGGCGUGCUGCUGCACUAUUUCCUGCUGGCCACGUUCACGUGGUUACUGCUGCAGGCCACGCUGCUCUACCGGCAGCUGGUCGUGGUGUUCCAGUCGGUGUCCGAGAAAUUCUUCACCAAAGCCGCCGCGCUGUCGACCCUGGUGCCCAUGGCGAUCGUCACGGUUACGGCCUGGACCACGGGGAUGAGCGCGUACAGCGGCAGCGGCUUCUGCUUCCUGGCCACGGACGCGGCGUACUACGGCGGCUUUCUGGGCCCGCUCAUCGCCAUGGUACUCUACAACGGCGUGGUGCAGAUCAUCGUGACGUUCCGCGUGGCCCAGUCGGACGCCAAGCGUCGCAGCAUGGACAGCAAGCCGCAACUGAACAGGUUCAUGUUCCUGCUGAACCUGGUGGUCUUCCUCUCCACCAUCAUGGGCACGACCUGGCUGCUGGGAACGCUGGCGGCGUUCAUCGACAGCCUGGCGCUGCAGUACGUGUUCGCGCUGCUGUCCACUGUGCAGGGCGCCGUCAUCUUCUACUUCAACACGCUGGCAUCGGACGAGGUGCGCGUGAUCCUCCGCAAGACGUACAAGACACUCUCUGUGCACUCUACGCUCUCCUACUCUCGACGUCGCAACUCCAGCGUGUCGGCCACAACGCCGCACCUGCACAGCUGCAGCUCCGUGCCGUCGUCGAGCCGCGCACGGGCAGCAUCCUCUGGCAUGUGCGCCUCGGACACGAGCUCGCACUCGCACGCGCCCUCGUCCUUCGUCGUCAGGCCGCCGCAGGGCAGCGUGCGAUCGUCGGGCCACCACCGGGUCACCGGCUCCGCCAGCAACAGCACCAGCUGCUUUGCGGGCAACGGCAACGACGACAUCUGUGGCGACGCCAGCAGCUGCGGCGAGGACGUCAGUAUCUUCAGCGACUUCAAGGACAACGCCAGCGGUGAGCCGCUCUUCCACCACGUCGCCACCGCAAGCAACGGCGGUGGCGAUGUGGCUGCUCCGGACAGGAUCAUAGUCAGCCGGCGGAGGUCCAGUGGUGCCAGCCGCGGCACGGAGCAGCAGGCACUCGGCAUUGUCGAUGAUGAGUCACACGACAUCUCGCCACAUCGGCCGCCCCUGGAACACCUCACCGUCGAUCACCUGGGCGGCGGCCGCUGGGGCAGCAGCGGCCACAACAAACGUCACUACUCGUGCAGCAGUGCGGACAGCCAGAUGACUCCUGUCGUGGAGGUGGAGGUCAACGACCUGGGCUCACAGGGGGACACUGACUGCACCCUGGAUGCUCACGAUGACGGCAACAACCUGAUGAGCUCAUCGACGUCGCCGGAACCCAGCGUGCUCAUGCUGUCGGGAUUCAACUCGGUCACGUCGACGAUGCCAAUGGGCUUCGACUUGAUGGCGGCGGGCAACUGUCGGACUGUGGAAGCGAUGCUGGGUGGCGAAUCGCCGGUCUCCGAAGACGCAGUGGCCAAGUCGAUCACGGAGAUGUCUCCGCUGGCCAGCAGCACGGCACUGGAACACGACAGCCUGACUAGCAGAGGGAUUCGCUUCACGCGUGACCUGCUGAGCAUGACCCGCUUUCAGCCGGGACGCCAGCUCAGCGUUCAUGACAAGACGUCGCCGGACAGCUUGCGUCAGUGCUACAGUGAAUUUGAGGUACGAAGCUUACUGAAACAGUCCACCGUUGACUCGGUGAAUGAGUACAUCCCGCAGACAACGUCCCAGCAAUUUGUUCCACAGCCAAUGCUGCAGUUCUGUCCGACUGCUACUCCCAGCACCGGAGUGGAUGCUGGUUUAGAUCGUCCGCUAUCCGCCAAACACACGUCUCCGCUGUCUUCUGCUGUCCAUGUCCCGGCGCCGCCUCCAAGCACCCCUCGUCGCCCGGACGCUGGCUCUGGCAGUGAGCGCCGCGCCGCGGCAGCCUACUUUGUCAGCCCCAGGUUUCACGACGCGACGGCGGGCGGUGGAGAUCUCGCACCGGCGGCGCACUCCACCACCAGCUGCUAGCUAGCGGAGCAGUGCCGGCCUGGCCUGGCCCAUCUGUGCAGGACGGACGGCGUGAGUACGCUAGUGUCUGCUGUGUGACCAUGGCAACUCUAGCCUGGGUAGUGAGUGUGUCAUAGCAGCACUGUGUGAUGAAGAUCUGCACGUUGUUGUUGUUCUCUGUAACUAUGCAGUCCCUGCAGCCACUGCAAUGACUUGCUUCGAUAGUGACGUCGCUAAUGCCGCUCUAAUUAGGCUUGCAACCGCCACAGCUUUCUAAAUGUGUUGCCUUCGCUCGCUGUAUUCUCUGCAGCGCAAUAUAGCGUGUGUGUGUGUGUGUGUGUGUGUGUUUUGCACGUGCGUGUUUGCGAGGGUCUUGUGUGUGUGUGUGUAUUUGUAUGUGUAUGUGUGUGGGUGCAUAUUGCUGUGCACGCACCUGUUUGCAAUAAUUUAAUGCCACGUUGAUAUCAGCGUGUCGCCGUGACAACCAGUUCAUACACUACACAUCAACAACGAGAAAUCUAUCAAGCUUUAGUAUCCACAUACCGGUACUUCGAAGCGUGUUAUUUGUAAUUUUCCUAACCCUCUGAAGUUUGCCGAUUUUCUAUGCGUAUUGGCCAUAAUUAUUUAGGUGCAUCUCACACAUGGCAAUGCGGCUGCACGAAUAGUUUUCGGAUUCUAACUUAGCACACGCGCGUAAUUCUGUCAUGAUAAUGUUUCUCAUGCCGGCCCAGCUUGC